CACGGGCUCUGUCUUCUCUCAUCAUGUCCAGCGUUGAAGCCCCCGAAAGUUAUCUGGCUAUCUUGGCUUCAUCCUCUGAGCAAUGCUCAUUUGACAACGCAAAGUCCAGUUCAAGCGAACGUCAGACACUGGAGUUACUCGAUGCGUUGGCGGGAAUAUGUGUGUCACAAGCACAGGGAGAGCCUGAGGUCUAUGCGUCAGCAAUGGAGACCAGUCCAGAAUCAUGCACAAUUUUCAUCAUUGGGAAUCACGAAGUGGUCCCGCAAGAAACACAACACUACGUCGUUGAUAUCUGUCGCCAGCUAACAGACGUAGCAAAUCUCGUGGACAGUGCAGGACUGUCUCAUAAGCCAUUUACUCAUGAUCUCCACACCUCCAUUAACGGCAUUUACACAUCUGUCCUCUCAUUCACAUUUGACAAAUUUCGGGCUCGCCUAACCAAGUGGAAUGGUGCAUGGCUCAAGCGAGGGGCCGAAAUUGAACGUCGACUAGUGGACGAAACUGAGAGGAACAAGUUUCAGAAGCUCAAGAUUGCAUUCAAUCUCCUCCAUCAGCUUGCCGCAAGUUUCCAUACGACAGAUGCAUUAAGGUUACACCAAGUUCUCGCUACAAUAUCCCGAAGUUGGAAAUUGAACAAUCCAGACACGAAGGCGUUUAUACACAAGCUCGACCUUCUACCUAGGACUGAUAAAACGGACGAGCCGUUCCUCAUUGAGCGAUAUCUAUGCAAGAUCUUGAAGACACACAAUGAAACGGUAAAGUUGAUCAGUUUUGCGGUAUCGCCUCGCCGUGGCCACAUAUUCAGAAACCAGGUCAAACUCGUGUUUCUUUGCUCCGAGACACGCCGUGUAGAGCUGGACAUGAAGACGGCAAUCAACACACUUGUACGUCAGAUGGAUACUAUUGAUGAGGAUAGAGUAUUUCUCCACCAAUUCAUCGACAACGGGGACGAUGAUCAGUACACUUGCCGCCCUCAUUGUGAAUGCACGAUGCUGGCAACAAUCCUGCAACGGUGGAGAAUGCAGCAAAGGCCUGCUCCUAUUAUCGGGGUUUCUAAGCUGUCUUGCCUUGGGUGCCACCUAUUUUUCCUGGCGUACAAUAAGGCACGUUCUCAAUUAACAGAGACUGACCUGCCUUUGGAGUUUGUCGUGACUGGAGCACACAACACUCCCCAUCUACCAUGGGUUUCACCAGAUUUGACAUCUAUCGAUCCUAGUCUACAUGCCGGCAUCCAGCAACACCUGUUGAGAUUAGCGCGAGAUGCGUCUAUAGCGCAUGUGAGAGCGCGUCGCCGAUGCUUGGGAAGCGCCUCGGAUUGGUCAGAGGAAUAUGAGGUCAUGAAGGUGGACUUGUCUCUUGAGGAUAUUUUCAGUAACUGGAAGGCCAAAAUGAAUAUAUCGUCAUAGGGACCAGAUUUAAGCGUAGACUUACGAAAAAGCGCUCCGAAUUGGGCUUCACGUACUACAAGAAUAUCAGGGAAAAUAGUCACGGCGAGACCGAUCCAGAGCUGAGAGCUUGAGCCUGAGCGUCAUAUAAGGCUUCGAUAAAGAGUAGGGACGAUAUCGACCUGCCAGGUAGUCAGAACUGGAGAGUAAUAUGAAUACACUUCUCAGACAAUUGCCACCUUAAACUUGUUGAUACCUGACUGAUAAUUUUUGCUGCAUACCGGUAGCGAACGUCCA